AUGUCUAUCGAUCUCAAAGGCCUUGUCCCCGCUCCCGUCACUCCCUUCACUGAGGACGGGCGGGUUGACUACGAGGCCAUCCAGCGCCUGGGCUCCUGGCUUGGCAGCAUUGAUGGCGUCAAGGGCCUUGUUGUUCUAGGCCAUGCAGGCGAAGGCACCUUUUUGACCCCCGAGGAACAACUCGAUGUCAUCCGGGCCUUUGUCAAGUCUGUCAACAACCGCAUUCCCAUUAUUGCUGGCAUCACCGGAGAAGGCACAGAGGUCGCCGCUCUCGAGGCUAAGCGCGCUAAGGAAGCUGGCGCCCAGGCUGGUCUCUUGUACCCUUCCCAUGGCUGGCUGCGAUUCGGAUACCAGCCUGGUGCUCCCCAGGACCGGUACAAGGUCGUGUACGAGGUGUCGAAGCUGCCUCUGAUCCUUUUCCAGUACCCGGAUAACACCAAGGCCAACUACAACCUCCAGACCCUCCUGGACAUUGCCGCCCUUCCUGGUGUCAUUGCCAUGAAGAACGGCGUGCGCAACAUGCGACGAUGGGAUACCGAGAUUCCCGUUUUCCGAAGGGAGCGACCCAAUGUUCCCGUGCUCACCUGCCACGACGAAUAUCUCCUGCACACCGCCUUUGACGUGGACGGCAUGCUUGUUGGAUACGGAAACAUUGCCCCUGAGCCAUUGAUUCAGCUCAUUGCGGCUGGAAAGGCCAAGGACUACAAGAGGGCUCGUGAGAUCCACGACCAACUCCUCCCUGUGACCAAGGCAGUGUAUCACCGUGGGUCUCAUAUGGAGGGUACGGUCGCGUUGAAGCAUGCGCUUGUUGCCCGGGGUAUUUUGUCACAUGCUACUGUUCGGUCGCCUCUUCUGCCCCUGCAAGAUAGUGCUGAGGAGGAGAUCCACGCGGCAAUUUCCUCGGCUUCCCUUAGCAAGGUUAUGUAG